AAUCGAUACGACUUUGAUAGACUGCGUGAAGAAAAGUCUGCUUCUUUUAAUUUCAACUCCACUCGCUUCAUAUAAAACCAUGAUUUGGACCGGAGGUAUCACAGGCCUUUGGAUGCUUGCACUGCUGGCUCUUGACGGUGCAAACUACGGGGAGACAAGACCGAACUCUCUCAACGAGCCUGAUGUUCCGUUCCCCCCUGCGCGACCCACAGCUGAGAAUCUUGCUGCCAUAUGCCAGCAUGGUCAGGGUCGCCCCAGAUACCCGCCGCGCUAUUUCCCCAGGACCGGGGUCAGCCACUUCGUGCGACGCGGAGACGCCGUCAACCGCCUGGAGUCGUGGUACGGUGCGUGCUGCGGCGAGCAAACUGCGCAAGAAAACAGCGCGGUGCUCUGCUGUGCCCAACAAGCGUGGAAACAGGCUCUUUCCCAGUUCUGUGUGGAGGAGCUUUCUACCAAGACUGUCGCGUACGAGUGCUGUGACGAGAGAGGAGAGGCACGGUGGACGUGCUUCAACAGUGAGCUGCCUAACCCGAUGUACAACCCAACACCAGGCUACACUGCCCCUGCAGUCCUCGAAGAACUCGGGUUCGCCUUCAAACCAAGUGCUUGCUAAAAAGGAGCAGCGCAGCUGCAGCACCCGGGCACCAACUCAGUUCUUCUUUCCAUUGCCUAAAUGAAUAAAUGCAAUAAAUCACACCUGCAGGUUUUAUUUUGGCUCUUCUGUUAUGUAUAUGAAACAGGUAGUCAAUUUUGCCUGACAACUCUACAUUUUGAUACUGCUUUGUUCCAUUUAAUAGUUUGUAUAACACUUUGAAAUGUGUAUUUUUUUCACUGAAAGUUAUCUGCCCACAGUUCACCUUUUUCAACGUUUCGCAUUACAUUUGCAAAUAAAGAUGCCU